AUAUAUCAAAUAACUUGAGUUUUCUUCAUCCAUCUUAAUAAGCUUCAAUAGAAUUCGAAACUUUUCAUACAAAAAUGGCUUUGGUGAGAAGUCUAUUGGGUGCAAAGAAGAUUCUAAGUCGCUCAACCACAGCUGCUUCCAUGAGUAAAAGAGCAGCCUCGGCGGCACCAAAAGGGUUUCUUGCAGUGUACGUAGGAGAGAACCAGAAGAAGAGAUAUGUGGUGCCAAUCUCAUACUUGAACCAACCUUUGUUUCAAGCUCUUCUCAGUAAAUCCGAAGAAGAGUUUGGGUUCGAUCACCCAAUGGGCGGUUUAACGAUACCAUGUCCUGAAGAUACCUUCAUCUAUGUGACUUCUCGGCUCCAAUGAUGAUUAUCCAACAUUUGUACAUCUUCCGAGUUAGAGAUAGACUUGUUCCUUGUAAAUAGAGGAUUUUUUGUUUUCCUUUUUCAUUCUGCUCUUUCUUAUUGAAAGAGCUAUUCUAAAAGUUUGAAAUUGGAUGCCAUAUUUUAUUCAAUAGACACGAUCAUGGUUCAUGUUAAGAACAUUUAGAUGCGGCAA